GAACGGUGUUCCUGCAAGUAUCUCCUCAAACAUCAGUCUGUCCAAAAUGUUAACUUUUUUACAAAAUACAUGCCAUACAAAAGGUCAUAACUAAUAACAAAAGAAUGUAGGAAUCCAAGUUCUUUUGAACCAUGAACUCCUUUGAAAGGGCUGUUGAUUAUGCUGAGUAUCUGGUGGAGCUUGGCAGACAGAACCCAGCAGCCCUUGUUAAAAAUCCACCAUCCGCGUCCAGCAAAGGGAAGUCCAUCCACCAGAAGCUGUUGGACCUGUACAUAGAGGAGACAGGCAAACAGCAGGAUGACCAGAAGCUGCAGUGUAACACCCAUCUGCUGCGGAAGCUGGUACGUCGGGAGAAGCUGAACUGCCUCAUUCUGAACCUGUAUCCAGGCAACGAGGGUUACUCGCUGAUGCUACGCAGCAAGGCAGGGAUCGAGACUGAGACUUGCAAACUACCGUAUGAGGUUACUGAGUUGUUGGAUUACAUAGAUGACUCUGAGCUUCCUCCUUUCCUGGUUGAUGUCUUGGAAAAGGCUCAGGUGAAUGUUUUCUACAGUGGCUGUGUGAUAGUAGAGAUCAGAGACUUCCGGCGGGCCACAAACGGGACAUUUGAUAUGCAGUAUGUCCUCCUGAAACCCAAUCCACAGACCCUGCUGUGUGAUAUAAACAACCUGACAUCAGACGGACAUGUGUGGACUCAGGAGGACCUGUACAUGUUGGAGGGGAAGUUGCUAUUGGCGACAGAGGAACCCCUGUGUCUAGACCCCUCCCCAGCAGUCGCCCUUGUGGCCAAUAGGCAGCAGUAUGAUAGAAACAAGCUGAACACGCCACAACUGAAAAGGCCAGUUAAAAAGUACACGCAGGCUGCGAUGAACAGGAAGCGGAAGUUUGCCCUUAGUUCUGCCCCUCGAGAACUACAGCUGCACGAGUUCAUCGCCAAGAAAAAAGAGAAAAAGACAUCAGCUGCUGCUAAACUUGGGAAAGCGUGUGUAGACUUCUGGAAGCAGAAGGCUGUGAGCCUGGUACCGCCUGACAGUGUAGAUGUGGACAAGUUUGCCCGCGUCAUGGACAAGCCAGACAAGAGGCUUAUCAUGGAAAACUCUCUGGCACUGGUAGAAGAGCAGGUAUUGGAAAGGGACGGGGUCCAGGAUAAGAAACUACUGGCCAAACUGACCAUCUAUCAUAGACCCCUGGACGACGCCCACAUCGGGGAACUGUACUUGGACCAUGAUUACGUGGAGGAUAAGUCCAAGGGGGCCACAUGCAGAUUUCUGCUUGGUAAUAAAGAUUCAGUUAGAAAGUACCUUGACCAGUUCCGGGAGAUAUUCACGGAGGAGGGUCGGCGGGCUGUGAAGAUCACCACCCAGAGGCCUGGCCAACCACCCCAGGUGACCUGUACCCAGACCACACCUACAAACCUCCCUGUCACAUCUGUUCCUGGUAGUGUGAGCGGUGCCAAAACCUCCACGUCUUCCACACAGCAGGCUAUGGAGGUGUCCCCAGUUGCAGGAAUGGGUGGGGUUGGAAUGAAGAGGACGAUGCCCAUACAGCUGGCUCUGUCCAUUGGGCCCACAGGCACUCCCAACCCCCCAGGUCAAGCAGUAUUUACACAACAGGCCACACCGAACCAGGCCCCUAACCAGAUCCAGCUGAGUAUGCCCACCAAUUUAAACCAGUCACCUGUGGGCGGAAUGAGGCUACCCUUGCAGAUAGCCAGUCAGCCCCAGUCGGCAUCCCAGCGUCUCAAGCAGCUUGGCAUUCACACCAGUAUUGCCCCCUCCGCCAGUCCCUCCACACAACAACCACCCAUAGCACAAUUGUUUGGGAGCCAGCCCGGACAGACACCAACCAUGCUUGCCCAGCAGCCUGGCCUCUCUCCCCAGAUUGCCCAAGGGGGUCGCACCCCGAGUCACACCCCCACUCCAACCCCACCCCCACCCAUCAUGUCACCCCCAACCCAGCUUGGCCGCAAGUCAAGCCUUACCGCAGAGUCCUCCACCAUUCACCACAUGGCCCAGACGGCACAUCAGACCAACCACGCUUCACUCGUUCAAGGUGACGGCUCUGCUUCAGCAUCCUCCACUCCCACUGUGAGCCACCCGCAACAACAACAGCAACAACAGCAGCAGCAGCAGGCAGCACCACAGGGUGGGGUAGUGAACAUCAACCUUGGCAACAGCUCCAACAUCACGGGCAUCCCUCCCAACAUCAACAUACAGAAUCUCACAGGGCUCCCUGGCAUGAACAUCGCCAACCUACAGGGCCUUCAGAACAUGCAGGUGUCAUUGUCCGUACAUGGAGGUUUAGCUGUGCCCAUUAGUAUGAUCAGUGCCAACCACCAAGGCAUCAUUGUCUCAUCUGCUGGAGCCCAUCAAAACUCACAGGGUGGUACUCCUUCCAUGCAAGGUCAUCAGCAGGGUCAGACAAGUGUGGUUACCAUGACAACCCAUCACCUUGUCAACACGUCAACCUCCACAGUGACAUCAGUCCCAGUCUCACAUGUUGUCACUGGUGUGAUAAGCCAGGGUGGUAGCAAUGUGAUGUCGGGCACAGGGAUGUUGUCUGUGCCCAUUAACCUUGGUCCAGGGCUGGUACAACAGGGCCUAAAGUCUGCAGGACAGAUCAGGGCCUCAUCUUCAAUGCCCCUACAGCUACAGUUUGGACAGCAGGGUAUCCAGUUUGUGAACCUUCAGCAGCAGCGGACCACCCUGAAGCCUGGGGCAGGACUCCAGCCUGGCCAGACCCUGGGGACAAUGGGGGUCAGACCCUCAACCUCCAUACAGGGGCCACUCACCACAACCAUCCUAUCAAAUCCGGGUCUGAGUGGAGGUCAACAGGUGCUCUCUCACCUGUCCCUUCAGGGCAAGCCCGGGCCAGGCGGAGGCAUCACCACCACCCUCACACCCCAGCAGCUUGUACAGCUACAACCACAGUUCCAAAUACAACAAACUUUCCAGAGGUCAGGUUUGCAGCAGGCGACCGGCCAGCCAACUCAGCAGCUUCAAUUUCACCAGAUCCUGAAGCAACAGCCACCACAGUCCCCCAUGACCUUCGGAGGAAAACCCAAGGCCAAGAAACGAACCACACCAACUCCACCCAAACAAUGAAGAGUUUCAUAGUGGUGAUUCAAGAAUUACAAUAUUUCUAUAACUUACAGUGUAUGCUGCCCAAUUGACCUGUUAACAUGAUGAUGAUUAUGCUUCAAUAAUGUUUACUUAUCUAUUUGUGUACACAUGUACAAAAUGAAAAAAAAUGUCUGCAUUAAGGUCUUCAAAGAAUUGAACAGUGGACAGUUUUGUAAACAUAAUGGCCGAGCUGCUACAGUAUGAUGUUUUAGCUUGUUGUUUUUGUCGAGCUCGCUUGCAGUGAGCUUGACAUAGUCGCCACAAUGGUGAUUCGUUGUAUGUGCGUCCGUCCAGGAGUAUGUUUGUCUAGUUUUGGCUUGUCCAGGCUGUAAUUUUGCCACGCAUUAGGGAUUCUAAAAUAACUUGGUAAAGAGUUCACCAUGAGAAGACAGUGUGACUCAUACAAGACCCAUUUCUAUAGGUCAAGUUCACAUUUGAUGUUCAUUGGUCUAAAUUCCAUGUAUUUUUGCUUGUCUGGGCUGUAACUUUGCCAUGGAUUGGGGGUUUUAAAGUUACUCCGUAUAAAUAUGCACCAUGAGAAGACGACAUGUUGCAUUCAAACCCCAUGUCUUAAGGUCAAAGGUCAAGGUCACACUUUAAGUUCUUAUGUUGUUGUUUUAAAUAUUGUUAGUGGCUUUCUGUUGAAUGGAUAAGGCAAUGAAAAAAAUGUACAAGUAUGCAACGAACAAGCUUUAAUAGCUAACUAAUCACUUUUGUACAUAUGAUAUAUGAACUUCUUUUUGCAUGUUUACAUAAAAUAAUUAAAAUUACAAUGGAUGAUAGGAUCAUGUCAAUAAGAUUAAUCUCUGUGUCUGAAAACUACUUGUUCACUUUUAUUUAUUCAAUGAAAUAAGGUGCAGGUAACCAUGUGUUCAAUAAUGAGUGUGGAUUGUUGAAAUAUCAGUUGUGAGGUUAAAAUAUUAAUCUGGAGAUUAACUUAUUUUGGUUUAAGAUUGUGUAAAAUUCUGUUGGCGUUUAAGGGGCUUCAAAUUGUUUUGUGUAAACUAAACCUCUCAAUACAAUGAAUUUUGUAUGAUUUGUGAUUUACUUAUUUUUAUAUUAUGACCGAAUGCCAUAGUAUUUGGGGGCAAUUUUUUAAGUGACUUCCAAAGUCAACUGUUUCUAAGUAAACACAUGUUAAUGAAUUUGUUUUCUUAUCGUACAGGUCCCACAGUCACUUUUUGGUGAAAUCAAGCCAGUAGUCUGUAUAUUUUUGUGAAAUUAUAAAUGCCUUGUGGAUGUUGAACCAGUUUUAAGAAAUAACAUAUAUUCCAUUUGUGAAAUGUAUUUUAAUAUAAUCAUUGCAAGAUUUUAAUGGAUUAUUAUAUUUGUUAUGCCUUACAGGCAUAAAUGUUUGUGUAUAGAAGGAUUUUGGAUCCAGAAAAAUAAACUGAAAAAAAUGGAA